GUUGGCAUCCACUUGGCAUUCUUUACGGGGGAAAAAAAACACAGCAAGGAAGCCAAGUGAACAUCUUCUUCUGCCAUUUCUCUUCUUCUUCACCUAGGAAUCACAAGUGGACCUUGGCGGUGUAGGUCGAUGGGGAGAGGGGGCAAACUCGGCAUCUUCGAGUUGCUUUUCAUGAGAUCUAUGACACUGAACUACACAACUCGAUGACACGACAAACGAAGAGAUAGGCUGGGCUUGACGGACUUGAUAGCGGCUUUGGGCGAUGGACAAACGGACUUGCGUGGUGAGGAGAGAAUUGAAUUUGGGGGGAGGGAGUUGCUGGACUACUUGAUCUGGAUGGUGGGGUUUCAACUGAUUAUCAAAUGGGGUCGAGAUUCGAUCAUCUUAGGGAUUGAUGAGUAGGUAGUGAGAAGAGAGGAGAUCAAGGAAAGGGGACAAAGACGAUGGUUGGUUCUUCAUCGAAGGUGGUGUUGUACUCAAGAACUCUUCUUCUACUUGAGCCCCCUAUGUCAGUGAUUGUUCUUCUGAACCUGUCCUCUCUAUACCCCAAAGAUUCUAUAACUUGUGCAAAGGAGGAAGUGGUGCCUUUUGAAUAUUUUUUUUUUUUAAAUACCAGGUGGCAACUACCUAGCAAAGGACGUCAAUGUAACAGUCAAACAAACAAUUGCACUAACGGCAAGAAGUUUCUUAACAAGCUACAAGAGACAGUGCUCAUGCAACCUCUUCCAAGGAAGCAUGUCUCCAUUCCUGGCUCAUCGAACAUAUUUAAAGAGCAGCGCAAACGGAGACGAAGUGGGCGAGGAUCUGGUUGGAAUAAUGAAGGGCAUGGUGAAGGAAUGGGCGUGAAUUUGGGUGACUUGGGUGCCAGUAUUGCUACAGUGAAAGAGACGAACAAGUUUUCGUUCAAUCUCUUAGCAGCCUCUGCUCAUUCUGGAAGGGACCUGCCUUCGCUGUGGAAAGGGAAAAGACAGGAUUGGCUGUAACAACUAGGCCUAAUAACUGGCAAAUGGAAAUGCCAAAUCCAAUCGCCGGAAAAUACUACAAAACGACCCCGGGGAAGGGAAAUUUAGGAAUUAGGAUCAAUUAACCUUUAUUUAACAGCGACUGAGCUUUAAGAGGUCUUCAGAAAUUUACAUGAAUUUUGGCCCCAAAAACACAUUAGAUUACAAAUUUUAAUGGAUUUUCAAGGAGCUUCAAAAUUUGAUGUUUUCUACUAAAUAUCUUUCAGUCGUUAUAAACAAUUUCCCCUCCAAACGCUUGAGCGAAAAGAAACAAACCUCCAUACUACAGGCACAACACUAUUGGGAGAAGCACGGUUCCUCCAGAACACGUCUCUUCAUCGAACAGCUAUGUCCUACAGUUGGAAGGCUUUGUAAUGUAUAUUAAUUUGAAUUGUUUAAAUUUAAUUUCAAUGAUUCUUUUAAA